AGGGUCUGUCCUAGUGGUGGAACUUCACUGGUAACUGAGUAUAUCAUCAAGGCACAGCGCAAGAGGACUAGCGGGGAUCCUAACGGCAGAAGGAAAGGCUGUUACCCCGUUUAUUUCUUGGAUUAAAACCCUCUUUGUUCCGGGGGGGAGACCGUGAUCCGUUUUCAAGGCGCAGUUUUUCACUGAGGUGGUGAAGUCGAGUCGUCGUGCCGUCUGAAGACGGAAGACGAGUUCCUUUUGAUUUUCUUGAAGAAAGGGGAAGGGUGGAGAGGAAAGGAAGAUGCCGAAACCGAUCAAUGUGCGGGUCACCACCAUGGAUGCAGAGCUGGAGUUUGCCAUCCAGCCAAACACCACCGGGAAACAGCUCUUUGACCAGGUGGUGAAGACGGUGGGGCUGAGGGAGGUGUGGUUCUUCGGCCUGCAGUACGUGGACAGCAAGGGCUACAGCACGUGGCUAAAACUCAACAAGAAGGUGACCCAGCAGGACGUGAAGAAGGAGAACCCGCUCCAAUUCAAGUUCCGGGCCAAGUUCUUCCCGGAGGAUGUUUCCGAGGAGCUGAUCCAGGAGAUCACCCAGCGCCUCUUCUUCCUGCAGGUGAAGGAGGCCAUCCUGAACGAUGAGAACUACUGCCCUCCCGAAACGGCGGUGCUGCUGGCCUCCUACUCCGUGCAGGCCAAGUACGCCGACUACAACCAGGAGGCCCACAAGCCCGGCUACCUGGCCAACGACCGCCUGCUACCGCAGAGGGUUCUGGAGCAGCACAAGCUGACCAAGGAGCAGUGGGAGGAGAGGAUCCAGACCUGGCACGAGGAGCACAAAGGCAUGCUUAGGGAGGACUCGAUGAUGGAGUACCUGAAGAUCGCGCAGGACCUGGAGAUGUACGGAGUCAACUACUUUGAGAUCAAGAACAAGAAGGGCACGGAGCUGUGGCUGGGCGUGGACGCGCUGGGGCUCAACAUCUACGAGCACGAGGACAAACUGACACCAAAGAUCGGCUUUCCCUGGAGUGAAAUCAGAAACAUCUCGUUCAGCGACAAGAAGUUUGUCAUCAAACCCAUUGACAAGAAAGCACCGGACUUUGUGUUCUACGCGCCGCGGUUGCGCAUCAACAAGCGCAUCCUGGCACUGUGCAUGGGGAACCACGAGCUGUACAUGCGCCGCAGGAAGCCCGACACCAUCGAGGUGCAGCAGAUGAAGGCCCAGGCCCGCGAGGAGAAGCACCAGAAACAGCUGGAGAGGGCACAGCUAGAAAAUGAGAAGAAGAAACGAGAACAUGCGGAAAAAGAGAAGGAGAGAAUAGAGCGGGAGAAAGACGAGCUGAUGGAGCGUCUGAGACAGAUCGAGGAGCAGACGUUAAAUGCGCAGAGAGAGCUGGAGGAGCAGACGCGCAGGGCGCUGGAGCUGGAUCAGGUGAGGAAGCAAGCGCAGGAGGAGGCCGAGCGGCUGGAGCGGGAGAAGGAGGCUGCAGAGGAGGCCAAGGCCGCACUGGCCAGGCAGGCCGCAGACCAGAUGAAGAACCAGGAGCAACUGGCGGCUGAGCUGGGAGAAUUCACUGCCAAAAUCGCUCUGCUGGAGGAGGCCAAGCGGAAGAAGGAGGAGGAAGCCACAGAUUGGCAGCAAAAGGCCCUGUCAGCUCAGGAGGACCUGGAGAAGACCAAGGAGGAGCUGAAGACGGUGAUGAGCGCCCCGCCCGCCCCUGCGCCCGCGGAGAACGAGCACGACGAGCAGGACGAGAACAGCGCCGAGGCCAGCGCUGAGCUGUCCAGCGAGGGCGUGACCGACCACCGCAGCGAGGAGGACCGCCUCACCGAGGCGCAGAAGAACGAGCGCGUCAAGAAGCAGCUGCUGACGUUGAGCUCAGAGUUAGCCCAGGCCAGAGACGACACCAAGAAGACGCAGAACGACAUGCUGCACGCGGAAAACGUGAAGGCGGGGCGGGACAAGUACAAGACCCUUCGGCAAAUCCGCCAGGGCAACACCAAGCAGCGCAUCGACGAGUUUGAGUCCAUGUGAGGGGACGGCCUGGCUGGUUGUCUCGGCGACUCGCUUCUCAUCUCCGGCUGACCCCUCCCAUCUCACCCUCCCGACCCCUGACACCCCCCUUCCCCCCCCCCCUACGGAGGUUCGAGGGGCACAGCUGACACUGUAUUCCCUCCACGCCUUGCCAAAGCUCUGCCUGCCCAAUGGUCAGCCAAUCAGAUCUCUCAACACAUAUAGCUCUGCCCAACUACAUCUGGAAUUGUCCAGUCAGGAGCAAGCAAUACAUAUUAUCAGUAUAAACUCUUCCUUAUCAUAAAGGGUAAUUCAGUGCUUGCAUGUUGGAUGUCCAAGUUAAAAAAAGGAAAAAAAUGGACAGAAAUUGGAGAACAAAUUUGCUUUUAUUGAAAAUGGCCAUUCAUAGCUUUUUGAUGUUGCUGGUAAACUUGUAUGUAAAGCUUUAAUAUCUUACUACUUCAGUUAAAAAAAAAAAAAAAAAGUCUUUACUUUUUAAAAGUUCUUUUUUUUUUGUCUCUUUAUUUUAAUCUCCUUUUAGUUUGUGUCCUUAAUUGUUAACUAUGAGGUUGAGUUGCUGCGUCCUGGUUCAUGUAGAGUUUUAGUUUGGUUCUCCGUCGUCUGUCGACCGUGUUUGUGAAAGCCAGAACAUUGUGUGUGCUGGCUGAGUUUGGGCCCUGGUUCACUGGGCGGUGAGCGGUUACUCUUGGCCCAGGAGAGAGAGACUUUUUCCGAUGAGACCGGGAGUUGGUUACCUUAGUGACCACUGCAAUAUGAGCAUCAGUGUUCCGUACCACACCACCAUCAUGUCCGUUCACAAAUAAGCUACGAUGCAAAUCUCAGCCUGAGCUUCUGGGAGUCAAAGCGAAGUCUCUGACCCAGAAUUGUUUCUGCCGUUAUGAUCUGGGAGUCAAAGGGGAGUCAGAGACCUGGCAACAUCAAAGGUACCUAUAAGAGUCAUCUCUGCGAUCCUCAGGAGAUGGCAGGCUGUGUGUGUAUGAGUGUGUGUGCUGCGUAUGUGCGUGUGUGUCCGAGAGAGCAAGAGAGAGAAUGGUGGUCUACGUAGAUAAGGGCAGGCCACACAUGGAUUGGUAUUGGUAGUCAACUUGGCAUUCCUGUGAAUCAGGAAUCAUUAUUGCAGUUGUACUAAAUCCAGAGGGCGAUUCAGGCCUUUCCUGAGAUUCACUGUUAAGAUUUCAAUCUGGUCAAUUAAGACUGCCCCUAAUUUUGCCCACAUCAUAACCCCUCCUCCUAACACAAUCAUCCUGCCUUCCCCCCAUAGCGCAACCCCCACCCCCCCCAUACUCAGCCCCUUUUCCUCACACCACAACCCCUUCCCCCUCAGUACUACGACCCUGCCCCCUGUGUUUCAUGCCCAGUCAUCAUAGAUGGUUUUCUUUGCCUGCCUGCUCACAAAGGUCCUGGUGUGUGGGGGGGACAUGUCUGGGCUUGUCUGCGAGCCCAGGGGUGUCUUCCUCAGACAGACAGACAGGCUAAUGAACCUUCUGUUUGUCCACAGGGGGGCGGGGCCUGCAUGAUGGGCAGAGCUUCAUUAUGCCACCCCUGGACAACCCCAGGCCUUUCUGGCUGGAGAGCAUAUGAAAACAUCAGUCCUGUGAAGAGGACAGCUCACUACCUCAUUUCUACUAGAUGGUGACUGGCCAAGCAAACACUGUACAAACCAAACAUGUCCCUCCUCCUUUACAUUGCUGCAAUUUGAUUGGAGCAGCUGUGGGCUGGUCUGCGUUGCCUUGGUUUGGCUGUAGCUCUAUCUGUAACUCUAGACUCAAGGAUAUGUAGCCUCAUCUCGAUGAGCUUGGUUACUGGUGGUUGUUUUAAAGACCAGGUUAUUUUCAAAAUUUGACUAUUUUUUAAAAACAAACAAUAAUAAAGAAGUGCAGGGAAGAGGGACUGGGUUGAAUGUAUAGACUCACUCAGUUGUUCUAGUCCAACGGUCAGAAUUGCAGGGUCCUGGGGCAGGGUUGUCAUAAAUUCUCAAAAUACGAUAUGGGUAUGUUCCCUUAUAAAUAUCCCCCUUAUAGCAGGGCAGUAUUCAAAAACAGCGUGACGUCCGCGUGUGGACGACGUCGCGAGCAGUGACUGUGGGUCAUUUGAACCGUUUGGACUGGCGGUUUGGCGGUGAUGUCGCUAUAGCAGCGCCGCGCGCCCUGGUUACGCAGGGUGAAUAGUUACUGCAGUGUUACGAGACCGUGGUUUCGGUGGGGAAGGCGUUCCUCUCAGGAGAGUGGAUCCCAGGCUCUGGUUUGAGGCAGUGAUACUCUUGUUUUCUUUUGGCUGCUUUUUUUUUUUGGGAUUUUACGUACCUUUACUAAGCUGCUUUUAAGGCUGUCGUGUUUUCUGGUUCCGGUGCAUGUGUCGGGCUGCGGCCUGUUGCGGUCUUGGCAGGGAAACGCUGUUGAUUUGAUGUGAACGUGAGGCUGUUGACCGCCUCAGAGGAAAGGGAAGGGGAAUUACCCCAGUUUUUAUAUUUGUCACCUAAUUUCGUCAGAAACGAUCCCUGAUUUUCAGUUAUCUGACAAAUGCAAGCAGAUUAUUUUAUAACUUUUGUUUUCUGUGCUCCCUCAUAGAAUAGGAUAAGCCAUGGAAGGCUGAGUUGUUUUGUUUUGUUUUUUUAAGUAUGAAGUGGGUUUACCCGUGGUACUUCGCACAGUGAUAUUAUUCAUAAUGGAGUGCUGCAGUGAUGAGGGAGGCUUCAUAAACCCAGUGUCGGAUGGAGUUAGCCAACCAGUGACUCUGAAAAAUCAAAAUGCUCUGCUCUCCACAGCGAAACCACCGACCAGCUGGCACAGGUGCGUGUCUGUCUUUGGCUCCGCCCACUUAUGGGCUUUGUGAAGCCUCACUCUGCCCUCACCAGUGUGCCCUGGAGUCGUACAGCUAUUAUUCGUUCAUGUCCUCUGUAAUUCGCCCCUCAUUCGAGCCCGUCAGCAAUACGGCCGCAGCGAUGGUGAUGAUGAUUAUGUUGAAGAGCACAUAAUGGAGCCUCUCGGAUCAGUAGCCUGCAGUUGGGACACCUUGCAUCUCAGCCAGCGGUGCUCCUUCACCGGAGAACGUCGCCGCACUCCUCACUGUUCUCCACUGCGGGAACCGUUCCCUCCAGACUUGUGUCCCCCUUCAGUCCUCCGGAUCGGACCCCUGCACACGGGCAGGCUCGUUCUCGUGCUGCCGCACCGCACAGAGACGGGGCUGACCGGAGGGGCUGGUCCAACGGCGGGUUCAGAACCCAGAGCUUGCGUUUACCGGCUCUUCUGAACGGCGUGUCUGACGGUGAGAGGAAGGAGGAGGAGGGGGUCCGGGACUGCCCCAGAAUUCAGUUCACCCAGCGGAGCCCGCGGCCUCGCUCUCCCUCCUAGCAUGCUUCUCUGGGACUGGCCCUCCAUCUUAAAUCUGCCAUGGCUUUUCUUUUCUUCAGAGUGCAUGCUGUCCCUUUCCUCAGAUAUGUUACCAUUAUGCUUGGUUUCUCUUUAUUGUUAUAUUUUGUUUUGUAACUGAGACAGCGUAAUUAUGAUUUGCGACUUAUGACGCGGCCGCGCUGCGACGGGUGACGGCUGGCGGAGACCGGCGGCAGUGGGUAACCGUGGCAAUUGGGCGUGGCAGCACAGUGCUCCAGGAGCACUUCUCUGGGGCGCGCCGUGGGUGAGCAGGCCUGGCUAUGUGUACCCUGCAGGACCCCUGCAGGCGUCCCUCAGUUUGCCAUAAGUUAAAUACUGUGCUUCCGACUGGUUGCUUAUGCUUUUUGAAGAAAAUGAAAAAAAUCAAGCUGCCUGGCUGCACUAAACAUGCAUAAGAUCCCGGUGGAGGUUUUAAACUCAAGUAGCAAAUGGUGGGUUUUCAUGUUUUGGGGGACAACUUUUUUUUUAGGGGGUGGGGGGAUCUAUCCUCGGGAAUAUACAAAUAAGCAAAAAUAAGAAAAUGUGGGUAGUGGAGUCUUUAAAAAAAAAAAAAUCUCCCUCAUCUUUCCCAGGAAACGUUGGACGAGUUGGUGUCCAUUUUGGGUUGACAGAUAAGAGCUUAAAGCCUCCAAAAGGGGACAUUUCUACAUUAGGCCUCAGUGCUGACACCAGUGGUCAUGUUUGCUAUUUGUACUUCUCUGUUCAUGCAUUUCUCUUACAAUAGAAGCAGCACAAUGGAGCCUAAUCCAUUAACUGAGUGAGCAAGCUCUUUUUCUAAGCAGGGAAAAUAUUCUCAUUUUGCAUCUUUAUUUAUUUUAUUUUUAUUAUUUUUUUGGUUGGUUGGUUUUCUUUUGUUCGGGGGGGGGGGGGGGUGCUGAGAGCGCUAAAUAGUUUUACAUUUCAAAUGGCUUCUCGCUCUCCCUCUGUCCCACCCAAAGCAACACGUUUGUCUUGUACGAUCAAGUCGUAACAUUUUGAACAACGUCCGCUGGUUAACAAUAAAGGUAUCAAAACGAA